GCUGCUCGUCAGGUGACGUCACUCGAUGAAAGGGAAUUCUGUAUCAAACACGCGCAGCAGAUCAGAUCACACAAAACCGAGCUGUUGCUUUAAACCCAUGCCUGCCCCGGGGUCAUGCAGUUAGAUCGUCCUUGUUUUCAUGUCGGAGUUUGUGCAUUUGCAGAUAUUCGGAUUAACAUAUGGAGGGGUGUAAGUGAAUAAACAGGCUCGUUUAAAGCGCUUUUGUCCAGGACGUGUCUGAAGCUUUGAUGUGCAUGCUGAUGGUAGAUCAGAUUACAGGCAUCAGACCGCAGGCUUUCAUCUGAGCUCUUACUUCAGAGCUGGACACGGGACGGGUUCAGACCUCAGCGGCGAGCACACUGGUUCACAUCCCGAGCAGCUUUCCGUAGGAGACGGCAAUCUCACGAGCGACUCAUUAUCGUGUAUGUGGGAAAGACCUUUCACAAUGCCCCAGGUACUGAUCCUCUCCAGUUUUCCUCUUCAGUGGAUACUUGUCCUUCCACUGUGUGUUAUGAUUGCAGUUAUGGCAGAGGAGAGAAGAGAUUGCAGGGAGCAGGAAUACAAGGAUACGUUUGGAAACUGUAUUCCCUGCCGGCAGUGUGAUGCUGGACAAGAGCUAUCCAAGGAAUGUGGCUUUGGCUAUGGGGAGGAUGCCCAGUGUGUGCCCUGCAGAGCCAGUCGCUUCAAAGAGGACCGCAGCCUGCAGAAAUGCAAGCCCUGUCUGGACUGUUCCCUCCUCAACCGCUUCCAGAAGGGGAACUGCUCCACCACCAGCAACGCCGUAUGCGGAGACUGCCUGCCCGGGUUUUACAGAAAGACGAAGUUGAGUGGAUUCCAGGAUAUGGAGUGUAUCCCAUGUGGAGAUCCGCCACCACCAUAUGAACCAAAUUGUAUGGGGCGAGUAGAUUUUGUACCUGUCCAGCCUGCGGUGACCAGCCCCAGAGACAUGGCUCUAGCUGCGGUCAUCUGCAGUGCGCUGGCCACCGUCCUGCUCGCCCUCUUCAUCCUGUGCAUCAUCUACUGUAAGAGACAACUGCUGGAGAAGAAACCAGUUUCCUUGAGGUCCCAUGAGGGUCCUUAUGUGGGGUCCGAGUUGUCUUGUCUGGAUCGGAGAGCUCUGGAGUUUUCCCAGCGGCCUUGUCGUCACUGUCGUCACGGAUCGGGACAGACCUGCGGUCCUGUGCACCUGAUCCCGUCUCUGUGCUGCGAUGACACCUGGAGCCAGAGCCGCGGCCGAGAGACUCGUCCCUUUCACUCUCACAACGGUCUCAAUGAAGGGUGGGUCCUUCAGCCAGACACAUUCACAUUCAAAUGAAGUUAAAGGAUCAAGUUUAGAUCUUUAGUCUGGCAGAUCUAGAUCAAAUUAUAAUCAUUGCUCUUAAUAGUGUUCAUCGUCUGUUUGAUUGCGUCAUUAACAGAAUUUUUACCGUAAAUUUC